AUGUUGUAUGUUUUCCAUGUUGAUGCUGGUUUAAUGACCACAUAUGAUAUGAAUCUCACAUUACAAAGUGUGGCAAGUCUAAGGGCUGCUAUUGAAAGGAAAACAAAAAUACCAGCUCAAUCUCUUGUGCUGCUUGUUAGCGGUGGGGAAGUCUUGCAGUUAGAUCAUAUGGUAUCAUCAUAUAGUGCAGGGACAGAUACAAACCCUAUUUAUAUGUUUAGUAAGCCUUCAGUGAAGGAGAGUCAUAUUAAGCAAUCCAUGGUUGGUGAUCUAAGUCCUAUAGUUGAGUUGGGCUCGGGUGAAUUCCGUAGUGACUCAAGUGCCUAUGACGGAAAAUCAGUUGGUGAAUUAAGGAAUGAGGUGGAAGUUUGUUGUUCACUUCAGCCAAAUGUUAGCACAGUAUCAAGGUGUGCGUCGUUAGCAAAAGAGUUUAGUGAAUUGGCUCAUGAAGGCUCCAGGAAUUGUGAACAAUUAGUACAUGAACAGCAUUUGCAACAUCAGGGUUGGGCAGCUGUUGUAGCAAAUUUAGAAGAUAUUUUUAAUGAAUUCUGUGAACGUUCUCGCAGUUUUAAGGAGUCAUUUAAGAAACAUCGUAUUAAAAAAGAAGAAUAUCAUGAAAUGUUAAACACGCUGAAUGAAGUGCUGGAAUCUCUGGGCAAGAUUCCAAUUCUCACGCCGCUUCAAUUGCACGCUGAGGCGCAUCGUUUCUCGGCAUUUGACGUUUUCGAAGAAACAGACUUUGAGGCUCAUCACUAUGGAAGUCAGCCGCGAUCAGACACAAGUUCUGAAAAUAGAAUCCCCCAAGAUUUUGGUGUUGGAGUGUUUAAGCUAUCUGAUGAAGAUGUUUUCGAACAAAAGAAUGCAUCUACAAGUAAUGUGGAAGCGAGCGUGCAGAUCGAGGAAUCGGACGAAGCGGUCUUCAAGGCUCCCUCUAUUGAGAGCAAGGAGGAACCGACCUUGCUGCAUUGGAUCCUGGCUCAGGGGAAUAAAGCGUCGCUCCAGGAUAUCUUGGACUAUUGUCAAAAAGCGCUGGCGCUGAUAGAUGCAGAGCCCCUUAAAGAAAGCGAAGCACAGCUGUGCCAUAUUCUUGAAUACGCCAAUUUGCAUGGUCUGAAACAAAUUAAGGGCAUCGAGGAUCGCUUAUAUGGCCUUGAUCAGCUUUUAAAUGACGUCAAGAAAUUGGAGAAGGACCAGAGAGAUCAGGCAGCUUCUAUUAUACAAUGUCGCGAUCGUCUCAACUCUGCAUGCGACCCAACAGUUCUGCAAACAUUAGUGCAGUCACAUUGCUGCCAACUUGAGAAGCUCCUAGUGGGGCACGAAAAGAUUGUCGAUAUCAAACGGAGGAUAGCCAAGUCCAAGGAGGAACUGUCACAAGUGCUUAAAGCGCGUUUAGAGGCUGUUCUCCGUAUCGAGAACUCGAUGUCCGUACAAGAUGCGCACGCGAUGCUGUCCUUUCAAUGCCUUAGCCGUUUGUCUCGUUACUUCGGGAUUGUUUGGCAAUUGCAUCAAGCGCCCGCAGUUUUUGUUCGAGCCGUGCACGAAGUGUCGAGGAGGAGAUGUUUUUCUGAUGCGCAUAUGAAGUGGGCUACAGAUUUAGCUGAGAAACUCCUUAGAAUUCACGAAGAAGAAGUGAAUCGUCGCCAAGAGUUCAGCUCCAUAUUUGAGGGUCACUUCUUAAAGAGCCUGUUCCCUGGUAUCACGGAUAUGCCGCCGACCUUUGCCACUCAAGCGCCGCCAGCCUUUGAUGGAAAGUUGCCGAAGUUGACCAAUGAAGAUGUGGACUUCGUGACUCAGACCUUCCCAGCACUUGCCAAGGAUGUGCCAAAGUACGAUAUGGAGGCAACUGUGAAGUUUUUCCAACAGAGAUUGUCAGCUUCAGAACUUGAUGAAAAAAACAUUGAUACACAGGUUGAUAUCGAAAAGGGUUCCGAUUCGGACACGUUCGAGAAACUUCAGAGCGGCUCAAAGAAGAUAGACAUAUCAACGACCUGCACUCCGGAUACCGUGGCCGUGUCGACCGUGACCGAGGACAACAUGGACACACAUAAAAUUAACAUCGAAAAACUACAAGAUUUCCUAACAAAACUUUGUACUUUAUGUAAAGUGAACGUGGUUUUAAUAAAAGAAGAAUUGGCGAAACUCAAAUGUGAUAUGGAAGAACAAAAACGCUUUAUGGGAGAGAAGUAUUCGGAAAUUGUUGAAAAUUGGAGCAAGAGUAACGAAGGCAUGGAAAUAAGGUUUAGAGAAGAGAAGCAAAGGUUAAUGGUGGAUCAUGAAUUAGAACUAAGCGAUAUGAAGGCAACGCUCACAGAAAAAGACAGAAUAAUCGAGAGUUUAAAACGGGAAAAGGAAGAACUGACGAUUAAACAUCAGCAGGAAACAGAAAGACUAGAAGAAGAACAUAAAUGCACGAAGGAGAUGCUCGAACAGACGUGGGAGGAAGUUAAAGCGUUUGAAAGGAAACUCGAAGAGUCUGAUAUUCUAAAGGCAAAGGAAAUCAAGGAAGUGCAAGAGAAGAUGCAUCUUGAGUACAAAGCGGAGAUUGAGUCAAUGCGAUCAAGGUUCCGCCUUGUUGCCCUUACAAAUAACAUGGACCGUUCGCCGUCAGAGUCGAGCCUUGAGAAGAUAGAAAGAACAGAUGUUAUAGAGAUAGGCCAUCACAACUUGAUAGUAAUGCAGACGAAAGAGAAUGCAGAAGUUGAGAAGGAGCAAGCGGUAAGAGAAGCAGAGGAAAGAUGUAGAACAGAGUCCGAACAGAAGAUGAACGCGGAAAUUUCUCUCCUAAAAGCGAAGUAUGAGGCUGAAAAGCAGGUUACAAUAAACGACGUGACCCGUCGUCUCCUCUCAGAGAAGGAUCGCCAGUUGGAGCUCCUACGGGAAAGAGAGCAGACGCUGACUCGGGAGUGCUCCAAGUAUCGAGACACUAUACAACAACUAACGGACCCUGAGACCAAUGAUUAUGAUAGCCUGCUUAAAACUCAGUUUGCAACACUCGAAAAUGAGAAGGCGUUGCUGCAGCAACAAGUAGCGGAUCUCAAGAAAGAGCUAGAGAAGAGAACGGACGACAGCGAGAAGAGUAGAGAAGAUGACAGCGAAGGCAGGUCGUCACCGAAGAAGGAAGAAGGGAAGAGGAGUCGCACCAAAUGCCACACUCCUUUGGGACUUUCUGCGGGUGCCCUAAGUCUGUCUUCGUGUCUGCCCGGACAUACAGUGCUAUUGCUGUGGGAUCCUGCACAUCUUAAUUAUACCGUACUACAGGAAGCAUCGAUAAUGUACUUCGUGCACAGUGAUUGCUUACCGGCUCUGGACCUCUGUAUUCACGUGAAGAAUGAGAGUGAGAGACGACUCUAUGCUGUGGCCAAUGUUGAGUCCAAGGAGUAUUGUUAUGCUAAAAAGAGUGGUAACCGUUACCAAAUGCCCCGUGGAUCUCGCUUUUACCGAGUCCGAGUGAAGCCGGUUAAACCUCAUCCGCCACACCCACAAUGCUGCGAUCAUAGACACAAGCAAGAUGCACUGAAAGACAGCGUCCUGUCUGCACUCGACGCAAGGCCGCUCAAGAAGUGGCUCACCUUCAUGCAUGCACCAGAUUCGCAGAAGUCAGUGGACACAAGCCAAUCGACCAGUUCAGCGACCGACGAGGCUAGUAAAGUGGAGGUAGCGACUGCUACACUGAUUAACCUGGAGUCACCCGUGUCUUGUAGUGAUGCUGCGCUGGCGCCGCCACAAUCGGACUUAGAUCAGCUCGAUUCGAUAGAGUCCAGCGAACAAUGGCAGUCUACUAAGAUGCAAGCUUCUACCGCCAGUGUAUUAACGGAUAUGGAAUGCAGUGUAGGAAGAUGUGCCGGUCCGGAGCCAUUGGAAUUGACUGUGAGCUCAGUGGCCGUAGUGGCACGUGGUUCCGUGCCACCAGAAUCAGAACUGGCCGAAGAAGCGACCCCCUGA